CCCCGCGGCAUGUGCCACUGCCUCCACCGCCCGUGGGAGGAGGGAGGGACGGGUGGCGGCGGCGGCCCCCGGCAGCGCCGGGCGCCCGCGUGUCGCGAUGAAUCUGCACCAGGUGCUGACGGGAGCCGUGAACCCCGGGGACAACUGCUUCUCCGUGGGGAGCUUGCACGAUCAGCCCUUCACGGCAUACGCAUCAGGAUGCGAUAUCGUUGUAUUAGGGACUGACUUUGAAAGAUUACAGAUAAUCCCAGGUGCAAAACAUGGAAACAUUCAAGUGGGAUGUGUGGACUGUUCAGUGCAACAGGGAAAGAUUGCAGCUUCGUAUGGAAAUGUGGUUUGUAUCUUUGAGCCAAUUAGUCUCUUGAAGCAGAGCAGCAGACAUCAUAACCAAUUGCAUUAUCAGUGGCAGAAGAAUGCUCAAAUCUUACUGGAUGGUAUAGCACAUAAUUUAACAUGGGAUCCCACAGGCACUCGUCUUUUGUCCAGUUGUUCCAGUUGUCUUCAGCUUUGGUCCAAUGUUCCUUUGGAGAACUUGCCUGACAACGAGAGCACUGACAGAACAGAUGUUGGCGAAUGGAGGUGUAUCUGGCAAUGCAAUACUGCUUCUCAAGUUUGUUUAAUGAAAUUCUCGCCAGAUGGGGAGUUUUUUGCUACUGCUGGAAAGGACGAUUGUCUUGUGAAAGUGUGGUACAAUACAGACAACUGGCGAUCAGCUGUAACACCACCGGGAGCGAGUCCAGGAAAACAAGCACAAGAAGUUGAUUUUUCAUUUGUUUAUUUGGCCCAUCCUCGAUCAGUAAAUUCAUUUUCAUGGAGGAAGACAAGCAAAUUCAUGCCGCGUGGUGCUGUCUGCAACGUACUCCUGACUUGCUGUAAGGAUAACGUUUGUCGUCUCUGGGCAGAGACUUUGUUACCAAGUGAUAGUCUGCUGUAUGAUGGAGGGUAUAACAAUUGGACUGAAGCAGUGAACUUCACAAAUAGUUUCAAGAGAAAUACUUCAAGUAAGGAACGAAUGCAAAAUGCAUUAGAGUUAAAUCUGAGGCACUUUCGACGAGGAAGGAGGAGGUCAGGUGCUGUUGUUGCACAUACUGGAUACUCUCCACAUCAGCAAGAUCCUCAUGAAGUUCACAGGAACAUUCUUCCUCAUGCAAAUGCACUCUGUCACUUCCAUAUUGCUGCCAGCAUCAAUCCAGCAACAGAUAUUCCUCUACUCCCUUCUAUCACAUCUUUGAGUCUUGGUGAAAAUGAAGAAAAAAGUGGACCCUUCGUAGUGCACUGGCUGAACAAUAAAGAACUGCAUUUUACCUUAUCCAUGGAAGUAUUUUUGCAGCAACUUAAAAAGAAUUUUGAACAUCAUUCUCCUGAGACAAAUACGGAGGAAUCCAAUCCAAUGGAUGUAAGAUCGGAAGAAGAAAUUAAUGAAAAUGGAGAUGAACAGAAAGGAAACGAAGAGAAGAAGGUACUGGGUGAUGAAAAGACUACUCCAGCAUCAAGCCUUGUUCCUUCAUCUUCUGCUGUUGUAGAUCAUGAAGUUGAAGUAUUGCUUUCUGAAUGGAGUAAAAAUGCUGAUAUGCUGUUCAGUAUACAUCCUAUGGAUGGUUCACUGCUAGUGUGGCAUGUAGACUGGCUGGAUGAAUACCAACCUGGAAUGUUUCGACAGGUGCAGGUGUCUUUUGUUUCAAGGAUUCCUGUUGCAUUCCCAACGGGUGAUGCAAACUCUCUUUGCAGAAGUAUAGUGAUGUAUGCAUGUACCAAAAAUGUUGACUUGGCUAUUCAACAAGGCAAACAAAAGCCUCCUGGCCUUACACGAUCUUCAUCUAUGCUUAUCUCUUCUGGACACAGUAAAUCAACCAACAGUUUAAAACUGAGUAUUUUCACACCCAAUGUUAUGAUGAUUUCCAAACAUGCAGAUGGGUCUUUGAACCAAUGGCUAGUGAGUUUUGCUGAAGAAUCUGCCUUUUCAACUGUGCUUAGUAUUUCACAUAAAUCAAGAUACUGUGGUCACCGUUUUCAUCUUAAUGACUUGGCUUGCCAUUCAGUAUUACCACUGCUGCUUACAACUUCACAUCACAAUGCUCUAAGUUCACCAGAUGUUGAGAAUGCAAAACAGGCAAAUGAUUCUUUAAAUUCUAAGGAGUCAACAGUAAGACUUCAGGGUAGAGGCAGUGCAAAUGUAACAUCCCAGGAUCCCAAUGCAGUUUACAGUGAACUUAUUCUUUGGAGAGUUGAUCCUGUUGGACCGUUGUCCUUUUCUGGUGGAGUUUCUGAGCUUGCUCGGAUCAAUUCUCUCCAUGUUUCAGCUUUUUCUAAUGUUGCAUGGCUGCCCACUCUUAUACCCAGCUAUUGCCUUGGUGCAUACUGUAAUUCUCCAAGUGCCUGCUUUGUGGCUAGUGAUGGACAGCAUUUGAGAUUAUAUCAAGCUGUAAUAGAUGCUAAAAAACUUCUGUGUGAGCAAUCCAAUCCAGAGAUUUCUAAAUACGUUGGUGAAGUUUUCAACAUCAUAAGUCAGCAAUCUACUGCACGUCCGGGAUGUAUCAUUGAAUUGGAUGCUAUCACAGAGCUUCAUGGCAGGAAAACACAGUUAUUCCAUGUUUUUCAAGAAGACUUCAUUUUAAAUAACCAAGAGAAAGAAACACCUGAUAAGAAGAAUAAUGUAGUGGAUUCUGGAAAACAGCAGAAUGGAUUUUCUGAAAAAUUCUACUUAAUAGUAAUAGAGUAUACUCAAAGCCGUUCAUUACUGCACAUGUGGCAUUUACAUUUGAAGUCAAUUCCAGUCUCAGUAGAUGAAAAGAUAGACUCAAGUACUCCUGACACAGCAACACAAACAGAAGAGUUGUAUUCUUCACCAGAUCCAGAGAAGAUCCAGUCACCUUUCACACAAAAGUAUCAGGCCUGUAGAGCAAACCUUCAGAGCACCAGCUGGCUCACUCUGUCUUCAAAAAUGGUGUAUAGUCAACAGCUGAGUUUGCCAGAAGGAGUGGAGAUAAUAAGUGUUAAGCCUUCAGCAGGGCAUCUGAGCAGUUCUUCCAUAUACCCCGUUUGUCGUGCACCCUAUCUGCUGGCUACUUCAUGCACAGAUGGAAAAGUUCGAUUCUGGAGAUGCAGGGUGACCAAUGAAUCGUCAGUUUCUUCCAUGCCAGAAUCUAAUGUACACAGUGAUGUAACAUACAUCUGGGAAGAAUGGCCGUUACUGAUUGAGGAUGGACUUCUUAGUAGUAGUGCUAUUAGUGUUCCAGGAAGCCCAACUGAAGUUAGUUGUGCACACACAAACCGAUUAGCUGUAGCAUACAAGCAGGUAACAUCUAAAAACAACCACCUUUCUCAAGACUUUGUUAUGCAUGUUAGUAUUUUUGAAUGUGAAUCUACAGGGGGUUCUUCGUGGGUUCUUGAGCAGACUCUUCAUUUAGAUGAGAUAGGCACUAUGUUAGACUCUGCUGUUAGUAUUGAUAGUAAUUUAGUGGCAUAUAACAGACAGGAAGUUUCUCUCUCAUGUGGUAAUGUUAUUCCUAGUACUAAGCACUUAGUACACUUAGACUGGAUGUCUAGGGAGGAUGGUUCACAUAUUCUAACAGUGGGAAUUGGAUCAAAACUUUAUAUGUUUGGCCAGCUGUCUGGAAAAAUGCAAGAACAAAUUGGUAAGGAGGCUGUAGCAAUCUCCCAUAUUGGCAGUACUACUACAAAGGCUGCAAAUUUUUCUAGGUUUGUUCUGCUGCGUUCUGUUGACUUGGUUUCUUCUGUAGAGGGAUCACCUCCUUUUCCAGUCUCCCUGUCUUGGGUGCGUGAUGGCAUUCUUGUAGUUGGAAUGGACUGUGAAAUGCAUGUUUAUUCUCAAUGGCAACCUCCUGCCAAGCAGGGUCCUGUUAGUACAGAUUCCUGCAGUAUGCCAAGUAUAACUAGCUUAAUGAAAGAAAGCCAGUCAGCUGCCUCAGGUCUGCCUCCACCAAAGCGAACCAUGACCAGAUCUAUGACCAGCCUUGCACAGAAACUUAGUGGGAAAAGAUCUGCCUGUGAUCUGUCUGCAGAAAUGGAAGACUCUGGUCUUUUUGAAGCAGCUCAUAUGUUAUCUCCCACUUUACCUCAGUACCAUCCACACCAACUGUUAGAACUCAUGGAUCUUGGUAAAGUACGUAGAACAAAAGCCAUUCUGUCCCAUCUAGUGAAGUGCAUUGCUGGAGAAGUUGUUGCUGUUAAUGAAUCUGAACCUAAUCAUGAUAGGAGACUUAGAUCUCUGACCAUCAGUGCUAGUGGAAGUACUUCACGAGAUCCCAAAACGUUCAGCAAAAUGGAGACUACAGACUAUAUUGAAAUAGACUCUGUUCCACCAUUACCGCUGUAUGCUCUGCUUGCUGCAGAUGACGAUUCCUCUCAUUCCUGUUCAGAAAAGUCUCAUAGUCAAAAUAGUCAAAGUGAUAUGCCCAAGGACAAUUACGAAGAUCUCUUUCAAAAUUCUGUUAUAAGUACAGAUGAACUUGUAACGUUUGAUGCAGAGGAAGACAGUGUGAAACCGAAAGUAAUUGAUCUUUCGCAAUUUAGCCCAACUUACUUUGGACCUGAGCAUGCCCAAGUUCUUUCUCGUCACUUGCUUCAUUCAAGCUUGCCAGGUCUGACUAGGAUGGAACAGAUGUCAUUGAUGGCCUUGGCAGAUACUAUUGCUACUACUAGUACUGACAUUGGAGAAAGCAGGGACAGAAGCCAGGGUGGAGAAACUCUUGAUGAGUGCGGUUUAAAAUUUUUAUUAGCUGUUCGACUUCACACAUUUCUAACAACUUCGCUUCCUCCUGUACAUCGAGCUCAGCUGCUUCACCAAGGUUUAUCUACCAGUCAUUUUGCCUGGGCAUUUCAUUCAGUAGCGGAAGAAGAACUACUGAGCAUGCUCCCUGCAAUGCAGAAAGGGGAUCCAACGUGGUCAGAACUCAGAGCUAUGGGUAUAGGAUGGUGGGUUCGAAAUAUCCAUAGCUUGCGGAAAUGCAUAGAAAAGGUAGCCAAAGCAGCCUUUCAACGAAACAAUGAUCCACUUGACGCAGCCAUUUUUUACCUUGCAAUGAAAAAGAAGGCUGUGAUCUGGGGAUUGUAUAGAUCCCAAAAAGACACCAAAAUGACGCAGUUUUUUGGAAACAACUUCUCUGAGGACAGAUGGCGUAAAGCAGCAUUAAAAAAUGCUUUCUCUUUGCUUGGCAAACAGCGUUUUGAACAUUCUGCAGCAUUUUUCUUGCUGGCAGGACACUUAAAAGAUGCAGUGGAGGUCUGUCUUGAAAAACUGAAUGACAUUCAAUUGGCUCUUGUAAUUUCAAGACUUUAUGAGUCAGAAUUUGAAGUAUCUAGUACUUAUAAAUCUGUACUACAGAAGAGAAUUUUGGGAAGUGUGUUUUCUGGAAAGGAGAGCACAGGAAACAUGUACAAUGAUCCUUUUCUGAGAAGUAUGGGUUACUGGAUUUUGGAAGACUACAGCAAGGCUCUUGACACUUUGAUUAAACAUUCUUUUGAAGAUGAAGGAGAUGUAGGAGAUGGCUCAGCAAGCUGUAAUCCUGCAGUGUUUAACUUUUACAACUACUUAAGAACACAUCCUCUCCUUCUGAGACGUCAUUUUGGCUCUUCUGAUGCCUCUUCCACACACAUGUGCCUAACAGUGGAAAAUGGAUUAGCUGACAAAAUCAACCUAGAUGAAAGGCGACUUUUCUUCACCACUGCAUAUGCUCAUUUAAAAGCUGGUUGUCCUAUGUUGGCCUUAGAAGUGUUAUCAAAGAUGCCCAAGGUUGUCAAGAGGUCAAAGCCAUUCUGUAGAUCCCCCAGCUUAAUGGAUACUAGUAAAGAUUUCUCACCGUCUUCUCCUCUUAAAGAGUUGGAAAUAAAAGAUGAGUCUUCCAGUAUUGAUUGGUCACAGCCAGCUUUGAAUGAUCUAGGGUCAUCUUCAGACUGCUCAUCAGGAAAACAUUCGAGUUCAACUCUUUCAUUUGACUGGAGCCAACCAAAUAUAGUAUUCCAAGACGACGAAGGCUUGAAGCUACAGUUGGACAGUGAUGAAGGUGAUGAGAAUGAAGAUUCUUCCCUGGUAAUGAAAGAACUAAAACCUCUGAAGAAAAAUGAAAAGUCCUAUGAAACAAGUUCUAGCUACACGGAAUCUUUUAGUGUAGUUGAUGAAAAAGAUAUUCUAAGUCCAUCAGAAGAUAUAAUUUCUGCACAGCUGAAGUUUAGAGCAUGCCUGAAAAUUCUUACGGUUGAGCUUCGUACGUUGUCCACUGGUUGUGAGGUAGAUGGUGGAAAAUUGAGGUAUCAGCUUUAUCAGUGGCUUGAAAGGGAAGUGAUAGCUCUUCAAAAAACCUGUGAUUAUAGUGUUGAAAUAGAUGAAAUGCAGUCUGGAAUUAGCAUGAUGCCAGAGGAAGCUGCAUUACAUGGAAACACUGUAGACUUGACUGACCAGCAAAAAAACAUGCUGCAGAAAGGAAACUUUCAGAAAAGACGUCAGUGGCUUCUGAAAUACCAGUCUCUCCUACGAAUGUUCCUUAGUUACUGUGUUCUCCAUGGCUCUCACGGUGGUGGUUUGGCAUCUGUCAGAAUGGAGUUAAUUCUGCUGUUGCAGGAAUCUCAGCAGGAACAGUCAAUACAGAUACCAUCCAGCCCUGUUCUAGAGCAAAGCUCCGUACCUCUCCUGUUUGCUUGCACAGCUAGUGCCAAAACAGUGGUGGCUAAUCCACUGUUACAUCUUGGCAACUUGACUCAUGAUAUCUUACAUGCCAUAAUAAACCUUGAUUCACCGCCUCAUCCAGAUACACAGAAUAAUAAGAUAUAUGUAAUGCAUAACUUAGCAGCAUCACUUUCGGCUUGCAUCUACCAAUGUCUUUGUGAUGGCCACAGUUACAGCUCAUUUCAAGCAAAUCAGUUUACUGGGACAGUUUAUCAGACAGUGCUGUUAACUCAGCGCAAUUCUCUAAGGUCAACGUUGGAAGAAACAGUGACUCCCAAUACACCACCAGCUCAGUGGCCAGGAAUAACAGCUCUAGUACGUCUCUUGAAUUCUGCUGGUGAGGAAGCUCAGCCAGGACUCACAGUCUUACUUUGUGAAAUUCUAACUGCAGUUUAUCUGAGUCUCUUCAUCCAUGGCCUAGCAACACAUUCCAGCAGUGAGUUGUAUAGAAUUAUGACUCAUCCACUUAACAACAAAAUGUGGUCUGCAAUCUUUGGAGGAGGAGCUCAUACACCUGUCAAAGGACAGCAGCAACUGAAGACAAAAACUGGUAGGCACUUCCCAAUGCCUAGCCCACAUCAGGUAGUAGUGUUCUCCAUGGAAUGCGUGGGGUUUUCGAAAUCCCUUACUACCUUCAGUACUCAUAGUCCUACCAAGUCUGCAGAUGAUGGAGAGAAACAGCAAAAAUGUUUCAAGCUUUCAUCAACAACCUCUCCGAAAGAGAGUUCUCGGGCAGCUGCCGUGCCAUGGUUAGACCAAGAAUCUCCAUCUUACAAAGAAAGAUUUAUUCCUCCUGAGCUUAGUAUUUGGGAUUAUUUCAUUGCCAAGCCUUUUCUUCCAUCACAAAGUAGAGUGGAGUAUGACUCAGAAGAGAGUCAAGAAAGUGGUGAAGAUGAUGAUGAUAUUGAUGGAGACGCGUUUGCAGCAAAUUCAAAUAAUCAAGAGCAUUUGAAUGCUAAUUCAUACAGUUGGUCACUGAUGCGAUUGGCAAUGGUUCAACUGGUACUUAACAACUUGAAGAUUUUCUACCCUUUGGCUGGACACGAUCUUUCAGAGCUUCCAGUUAGCUCACCAGUAUGCCAUGCAGUUCUGAAAACACUACAGCGCUGGGAACAAGUUCUUCUCCGACGCCUUGAGCUAUAUGGUGGUCCACCUCAACAUUAUAUUUCAGUUCAUGCUUCUGAGGAUGCCCUAGCUGCUGGUCCUGCAUUGCUUCGCCAUAAAACUUUGCUUGAGCCUGCAAACACUCCAUUCAGAUCUAACAGUCAUGUUGCCUUGUCUGUGAAGAGGCUCUGGCAGUACUUGGUUAAACAGGAAGAAGUCCAGGAAACCUUUAUCAGAAAUAUUUUUACAAAGAGGCGAUGCUUAAAUGAGUCAUUAGAGGACCAUAGUGACACCUUGAAAAACUCUGUGGUGGAGGAGCCCAUCGUCAAUAAGAUAGAAACAGAUUUAGGAUACCCAGGAGGCAAAGCAAGAAUAAUUCACAAAGAGUCUGACAUCAUUACUGCUUUUGCAGUCAAUAAGGCGAAUCGGAACUGCAUUGCAAUAGCAUCGAGUCAUGACAUUCAGGAAUUAGAUGUUUCUGCAAUACUGGCUACACAGAUCUACACCUGGGUUGACGAUGAUGUGGAAAUGGAAAAUAAAGGGGCUGAUGAUUUCUUGGUUAUCCACGCUCGUGAUGAUCUGGUAAACGUUCAGGGAACCACUCCGUAUACUCACAGUAAUCCUGGCACGCCCAUUAAUAUGCCUUGGCUUGGUAGUACACAAACUGGCAGGGGUGCAUCUGUGGAAUAUUCCAAUAAAUUUAAUGGAAUCAGAAAGGAAUUGGCAAGAAAAGAGAUGCUCAAGAAGGCUAUUAAUAAUGUCAGAAGAAUGGCUUCUCAUCCAACAUUACCAUAUUAUCUGACAGGUGCUCAAGAUGGCAGCGUAAGAAUGUUUGAAUGGGGUCAUGCACAGCAAAUCACGUGUUUUCGCUCUGGUGGCAACUCAAGGGUAACUCGGAUGAGGUUCAAUUAUCAAGGAAAUAAGUUUGGAGUUGUUGAUGCUGAUGGAUAUAUAAGUUUGUAUCAAACAAAUUGGAAAUGUUGCCCUCUUACAGGGACCUCACCAAAACCGUAUUUGACCUGGCAGUGCCAUAACAAAACAGCCAAUGACUUUGUUUUCAUCAGUUCAUCAUCUUUGAUAGCCACAGCUGGCUUGUCUUCUGACAACAGAAAUAUUUGUCUUUGGGAUACGUUGGUCUCCCCCACCAAUAGUCUGGUGCAUGCUUUUGUCUGUCAUGAUAGUGGAGCAACUGUUCUAGCAUAUGCUCCAAAACAUCAGCUGCUAAUCUCUGGAGGGAGAAAAGGCUUUACGUGUAUAAUUGACCUUCGCCAAAAGCAGCAGCAACAGUUACUCCAAAGCCAUGACUCUCAAGUCAAAGCAAUUGCUGUCGAUCCUACAGAAGAGUAUUUUGUCACGGGAUCUGCUGAAGGCAACAUAAAGGUAUGGAGUCUGUCUACGUUUAAUCUUCUGCACACUUUCAUCAAUGAGCAUUCUCGGCAGUCUCUCUUCAGAAAUAUUGGGACAGGAGUCAUGCAAAUUGAAACAGGACCAGCAAAUCACAUACUCUCCUGUGGUGCUGAUGGAACAGUAAAGAUGAGGAUCUUGCCUGAUAGAUUCAGCCCAUUUAACGAAGUAUUAAAAAGUGAUGUCAAAUUCAUGAUGUAAUAUUUUUUCUCAAUGCAGUGUGUAAUAUUUUUUCUCAAUUUAACUUCUGCCAUCCCUGAAAAUAUUUUUCCUGAAACUAGUCAACAAAGCAGAUGUACAAUGACAGCUUGUGCCACAAAGAUACCUUUUUUUUUAUUUUAUAUAUUUAUUACUUAGAUCUUUCAGUCACUUCAGAUUCUGAUUGUUGCCUAAAAUACAUACAGGACUCUGAAUUAUCUGUUUAUAAUACACUUAAGAUGUUUCUGAGGUGGUUUACUCUUCCUUUUAGGUAGUUAUGUUCCUGCCUGGAGUGUACCAUCUGCACAUAGCCUGUGUUCAACACCUGGCCUUUUUCUGAAAGUAGGUCCAGAUAGGAACCGUAGAUAAUGUUAUUCUCUCACUGUGGCAACCUUAGCUGUAUCUCUACUUGUGCAGUUGGCCAACAAUAAAAACUUAUACCUUUGUGUGAGAAAGAAGCAGUCUAUUUUACUAGAUACCCCUACUGUAUCAGAAACUGGCCAUGCAGACAUUAAUGUGAGCCACUGUCUGUCUCCGUUCCUGGAAUCCAGGCUGUUUACCUCUUUAAUUCACUUGGUCUCUUUCCUAUGAUCUAGGGUAUGAGAAACUGAAGAAUGUUCUGUGACUUGUCUUCUGUUCCAUAGCUUGACUCACUGCCAUCAGGAUGGCAGACUUAGCUUUUAAAAGAGAAAUAUAUUUUUAACCCUAAACACUCCCUUUACAAAAAUAUGUACAUAUUAAUGGAUUAUCUUCCUAUUAAAAUUGUCAAGAUUAUUUGUGAGCCUUUAGUUUGAUGAAAAAGUACAGGAAGAUACAACUUUAGAAUACUGCUUUAGAAUCUCCUCAAAGAGUAUUUAUUUGCAUGUCUGUAGAGGAAAAGAAAUACUAAUUUAUUUUUUACAUUUUUUUCCAGUAAGACUUUAUUUAGCCCAAAGAUACUCAGCUCAUUCUUAGCACUUAACAUUUUUGUUUGUCUGCUUUUCCUAAGUACUUUACAGAAGUAAAAAAGGGGAAUAAAAAAAUCAGCAGAGUACUUUAAUAUGUUCACUCUUUGUACUGUAUGUUUAAAAUGAAAGGAAAAUAUAUUGAAAAGGAUACUUUUUUUUUUUUAAUUUUUAUUUUAUUUUAUUGCCAAAAUAUUAAACUGCAUAACUUAAGUGUUUGACCAAAAUAUCAAAUCUGUAUUUUGGUUUAUUUUUCCUGGUCUGUUUCAGAACUUGAGAGUUCGACGGAGGUUUAAUUUGUAAACUAGAUAUAAGGCUGGGUUACUUGAAUGCUAGUGGUGUACUUUGUACUAAAAGAUAUUUUGUGAAAUAGAGCACCAGGACAACAAAUGUAAAAUAAACUUGUCAGAUUAGGAACUAUGGGGAUAAAUAAAGCAUAGUAGAAGUGAAGGGCUUGUAAAAUGAACUUUGUAACGUUCUCAGGAUGCUUUUAUCUUAAAAAUAUAAGAUCAUUUAAAAAGAUUUUGUAAAUUGCAUUAAGGUCAUUUAAAAUGUAUGUUUCACAAGUUGCAGUGGAAACACUAGGAAGGUUUUUAUGCACAUAACCUGAAUUUUCGAAUUGUGCAAUAAAAAAAGAAUGUGAAUACUCCACCACGAAAAAACACGACAGCGUUUCAAACUGGUACAGCUGUUUGGUGGUUCACUUGUGAUUGUUCUUCCACUACUCUUAGUUGUAGAUUAAGAUCAAAAUUGGUAUUAGAACAGUUUAAGUACAAUGAUGGACCAGAAAAGCGACUGAUGAGAAGCGACUUCGCCUUACAGAACAGACUUGCCAACGUGUGUCCUGUCUGCUCAGUGAUUCUAAUAACUUCUGCUCCUAUUAAACAAGGAAGACAACGGGAGUUAUCCUCAGCACACUCCUUCAGAGAAGCAGCUGAAACCAACCUGGGCUUACAGCUGCUUGUAUACAUGCAUUAGUUUUAUGCAACCUCUGAACUAAGUUAUAUUCAGAGAAUGUGCAAAACAGUGACAGCAUUGUAUAAUGAUGUCCUUGAUGUUUUGUUCUGAAAUAUAUCUGUGUCUAUUUCAUUAGGUUUAAUAUUUCAAUCUCAGUUUAUUGUACUGGUAAUCACAAAAAACUGUCCUUCCAUCUGCAAACUGAGCAGACUUUAUGUAGAACAUGCCAAGGCAUACAAUGCUCUCAUUUUUCUGAGUCGAGCUGCACUGUGAUUAUCCUGGCAAACUUGUGCUCAGACCAGAAGAGUCUGCUCACAAGGACUGUGAGCAGGCAUUUUCAGUAAUGUUUAUAGUUACCAUAAGCUACUCUUAAAGUAAUGUAAAGUCAUAAUGUAUUUGCCCAUACCUUCAUAAUAGUUCCAAUAAAUCCUGCAGAAACUCAACUUUCUAGAAUCCCAUGUUGCUGCUACUUCCUUUACAAAUCAGUUGAAUGCGUGUAUAAUGCUAAUUGAUGUUUAACAAUUAUAAGUCAUUCUAUUAGUAGCUUUCUUGUAAUAAUGGAAUCAAAAUCAAUUAUCUUCUGUUGUAACAAAAACUUUUCAAAGGGACACUCUCAACUUUAGUCAUUGGGAAAAAAAAAAAAAAAAAAAAGGAGCUUCCAGCUGAUGCCUUAACAGCUUCCAUUGAUUUCAGUCUUUUCAGCAAUUAAUGCUUUCUCCCUGUUGCUAUGCAAGUUACUCAGAAGGUCAAUAGUGGCUGCCUAGGGUUCUGUAAGAGGUGGCUGUAUGCAGAAAUUGAACUUGAAAAUGAAAUUUGCACUCUCCAGUACUUAAUCUCCAAUAACUCCAUGUCCAGACAAAACGACUUGGUUGACAAUGUCCCUUUUAAAUAUCAUAGCCUCGUAAUUGUGACUAGUGUUGGUCCACGUAGCAAUACAUUCUGCAGCCGGGUUUUCAUUCUCAUCUUGUUGAUUCAGUUACCUCAAACAAAUUUGUGAUACAAGUUCUUCACUGUUACUGCAGUAACUUCUGAGAGUUAAACUCUGGCCAUCUGGGUACUUAAACUGGCUUGCUGUGUGCUGUGAAAAGCAGAUAAUUCUCAGCUGAUGUUGCAGGGAUGUUCAUGGGGAAGGAUGAAGCGAGUGGAAUAGACUUAGGUUUUGUACCACGCUGCUAUGGCACAAGCUGAGUUUAGGUGUUCUGAUGCAUUUUAGAAACCUCGCUGCCACUUGCAGGAAAUAAACUUCUGGGGAUAUUCUAUGUGAGGUACCAUUCCCUUCCUCCUAAGAGCACCCGUUGUUAGAUUAGUUGCAAUAGUUACGAAAAACCGUGAUUACAAGAAAAUAAGCUUGGAUACUGGAUAUGUUCUCCAAGAUAAUUUUUUCAAAUGUUUAUUUUUACUAAAAGUAGCAAAACAGCCUCUGAUGGCAGGUUCAGCACACUGAUCAAAUACUUUAUAUAAAUAAAGAUACUGAUUUAACAA